CUCUUAGAACCGUGUGACACACCAUAAAUAACCAAAGCAUGAUGAAAGGUAUUUCUCUCACAGAAUUAGCUAGCUUCAUGCUUUGUUAAUUUUCCCCAUCACAAGGAGGAUGAGUCCAGAUUGCAUUUAUUCAUCUUUGUGAUUCCUCUUCGCAAGUCUGAUAGGCACAAAAAUUAAGAGAUAGAAGAAUUGAAAGAAAAAGAAGAAAAAGAGGUAAAUUCAUGAGAGAUGGCCCUUCAACGCGAUUCUUGGGUUUUUGUUUUCGGUCUACUAGGCAAUAUCAUCUCCGUUAUGGUCUUUCUUGCUCCAUUACCAACAUUUUACCAAAUCUACAAGAAGAAAUCUACUCAAGGGUUUCAAUCAGUCCCUUAUAUUGUUGCAUUGCUUAGUGCAAUGCUUUGGAUUUAUUAUGCAAUUGUCAAAAGGGAACAUAGCCUCCUUCUCCUCACAAUUAACUCAUUUGGACUUGUGGUGGAAUCAAUUUACCUUGCAAUUUUCCUAGUUUAUGCAUCAAAUAAAGCCAGGCUUUCAACCUUCAAGCUUAUUCUACUAUUAAAUGUGUUUGGAUUUGGAGCAAUGCUUGUUUCAACCCUAUGCCUAACAAUGGGAUCCAAACGUCUUUCUGUUAUUGGAUGGAUUUGUCUUGUUUUCAACAUAACAGUAUUUGCUUCUCCUCUAUGCAUUAUUAGACACGUAAUAAAGACUAAAAGUGUUGCAUACAUGCCACUUAGUUUGUCCUUCUUUUUGAGCUUAAAUGCUAUCAUGUGGUUUUUCUAUGGUUUUCUCAUCAGAGAUUAUUACAUUGCUCUUCCAAAUACGCUUGGGUUUGUAUUCGGUAUAGUUCAGAUGGUGAUGUAUUUGAUUUAUAGAAACUCAACCCAAGUGAUGGUACCAGAAAAGUCAACGAAGUUACAAGAACAAAAUGGCCAUAUUAUUGACAUUGUGAAGAUCAUUGACACAAAUCAAGGUGACAAUAGUGGUGCUCUACCUGUAUCAACUAUUUGUGAGGAUCCAAAUAGUGGAAAAUAAGAAACAAAGAGUAAGAACAUGAAUGCAAUGUAAUCAGAAAAGAAAAUGAAGUUUACUUACUUUAUGGUUGUUGUCAAGUGGGACCUCAUACAAAUCAGAUGUUAAGGAUAUUUUUGUUUGAUUAAUGUAUUUUCAUGAGUGAGCAAUUAUGUUAUUGUAAUGAGGAGUGGUACUUGUACUUUCGAUAUAUGAUAUUUAUUUUUGGUUG